ACAAGUGGCUUACAUUUUAAGCAUAUGGGUCUUUUAUCUUCUUUACAUUUUUACAAUAAGAACACAGAACAAAACAGCAAAGCUUUUGCUUCUUGAGCUGAACAAAAAACAAAACCCAAUGUUGUUUUAGCUAUGGUUGCGUGAUUGGUGUUCUAAAAUUUUUCCUUUUUUUUUUAAAUUUCUUUCCCAUUUUUGGGUCAUUGAGUAAAGGGGAAUCUGUUUCUCUUUUUUAAGCUCUCUCUUUCAUGGCUGCCCUUCAUUUGUUGUCUUCUUCACAUCUUUUUAUUAUAGUUCUUUGCUCUUUGUGUUGUUAAAAACAAAACAUUUUGUUCUUUUAGUGUUGGGGUUUUUUUUUUUUUUAAUGUUCUUGCCUUGUUUGUUGAAAUUCCUCAGCGACCUUUCAUUUCUAUUCAUGAGUGUGACUCAUUUUUAAAGUUCGUUUCAAGUUCUUGUUCUUCAAAGACAAAAAACAAAAAGCUGUCUUGUUUUAAUAUGGAGAGUGGUUGUUCAAAGAAGCUUCUUGAUUUGAUUCCUCAAGAAAAAAAAUGGGGUUUCAUUGAAAAUCAAAAUGGUAUAAGCCAUGGAUCAUCAGAAGAGAAGAAACUAGAGCUGAAGCUUGGUCCACCAGGUGAAGAAGACGAGCCUUUGGUCUCAUUUGGGUAUUUUUCUUCAACGAAAAGCAAUGCAAAACAUGCACAUAAUAAGUUUCCACCACCACAGGAGGACCACCGUGGUGGGGUGGUUUUGGCUGCCUCUUGGGCCAAAAACCACCACCACCAGCCAAAGCCUCCCAACUGUUCUCAAAAGAGGACUGCUCCCGGUCCGGUCGUGGGAUGGCCGCCGAUUCGCUCAUUCAGGAAAAAUCUUGCAACCACUUCAAAACUAGCUUCUGAAUCACCAACUAGUCUCCCUCACAAGGUUGCUAACGAAAGAAAUCCAGCGGCCCCCGAGACUCGUGGUAAGGGUCUAUUCGUGAAAAUCAACAUGGAUGGAGUCCCAAUCGGACGGAAAGUCGAUCUCAAAGCCUACGAUAGCUAUGAAAAACUGUCGACUGCGGUUGGUGAACUCUUUAGAGGCCUCCUUGCAGCUCAACGAGAUCCCUCUGCUGAUGGACCGAAGCAAGAGGAAGAGAAAGCGAUUACCGGUGUAUUGGAUGGAAAUGGGGAAUAUACACUCGUUUACGAGGAUAACGAAGGCGACCGGAUGCUUGUCGGUGAUGUCCCGUGGCAUAUGUUUGUAUCGACGGUGAAGCGGCUGCGUGUGUUGAAGAGCUCGGAACUCUCCGUUAUCAACCUUGGAAGCAGUAAGAAGGGAAAGAGGGUGCAAAACUAGAGUUAAUUUUUCAUGUUUUUGACAAUUUCAUCCUCUGUUUUGCAUGGAAAUGUUGUACUCACAACAAUAUAUAUAUAUAUAUAUAUAUAAGUAGUUUUAUAUGUAAUUUUAUUUGACUUGUUGAACAUGCUUUGCCAUUUGGAACAGUGAAUCUUUAAUCUGAAGCAUAAAAGAAAUAUGCUCGAA